AUGCAACUGCCAGUUCUCGGCUGCACUUUCCUCACGCUGUCAGAGCAUGAGGAAAGUACUGCCGAUAACUGGCAAUAUCAGAGGAGGGAUCAGCACUGAUCAUCAGGGCACUGAUGAUCAGUGCCCUGAUGAUCGGUGCUCAGCAGUGCCUCCCACCUGUGCCCAGUAGUGCCCACCCACCUGUGCCUAGCAGUGCCACCCACCUGUGCUCAACAGUGCCCACCAGUGCCAUCCACCAGUGCCCAUCAAUGCAGCCCAGCAGUGCCUCCAGUCAGUGCCUCCCAGCAGUGCCGUCAGUCAGUGCCCAGCAGUUGCCGCCAGUCAGUGCCGCCUAUCAGUGCCGACUAUCAGUGCCGCCUAUCAGU